AUGUUAAGAUCAAUCACUUCAACAGGAUUUAAACAAACGCAGAGGGUGUCCUCGAAGGCAAUCCACCCACAAAAUCACCCAUCUUCAACAGCUGCUCCUCCAACCACCCCAACUACUUCCUCCAACCCAAUAACUCCGCAAUCGUCGCUUUUCUACUCGUCAACUCCAGCGGCCCCACUUUCGGGAAAGGCAUACAAUCAUUAUUCAGCACACCCACAACAGCGCAGUUACUACCAUCAGUCGUAUACCCCCACCAACAAUUCAGCAGGAAAUGCCUUAUUCAAUGAAGUCUCUUCCCAAUUGGCGGCCUUUGAUGAAUGUUUGGCUCAAAAUUCAACUUAUGAUUUAGCAACUGGCCAAAUUUCCGGUGGUGUCAAUAGAUUCUGGUUUGCGGUGAAGCGGAUUAUUCCAAUCUACCGGAGUCUGGUUUUUUCCGGUCAAUUGAACGAAAAGAGAAUGGCAGAGUUUGUCUCUUUGCUGAGAAAUGGUUUAAGAAUUCACCGUUUGGAAUUAUCCAAACUAAAGAAAAACUUAGACAAGGAUUCAAACAAUCCAAUCAAAAAUAUCCACUAUUUACUAACUUGUGCAAUCAGGGAAGUUUCUUAUAACUUAUUAGAUGGUUUGGUCUCUUUGAACUCGCAUGGUUUGACCCAUUUGUUUAAGGCUUAUAAAGACUUGGGCUUCACCAACGAAGCUGUCCAUAUUUGGGAAAAUGGUAGAAAAAAUCCCCACUUAUACCAUAUUUUUACGUCGGAACCUGUAUUGGGUUCAAUUUUCCCAUUCUUGGUCGAAUCUGGCGAUUUUGAUUUUGGUGAAAUUUGGGAAAUGUAUUCUAAAAUCAGAGAUAAUAAACAACACGGAGAGAAGUUACACAAUGAAUUACAGGUUGGUAUGAUUAGGGUCUGCCUUUUCAAAAACAGAACAGAUGAUGCCUUGGAAAUCUUCAAGAAAUUGACUUCUGAUGUCUAUAACUCGUUCAAUAACAAAGGUAUCGAACCUCCAAUUAAUGUUAAAUCUUAUAUGACAAUGGCCCACUUGUCCUUCAUUGGUUUCUGUAAAGACAUUGAUACUGCCGAUUUUUUCUUUAAUGACGCAGUUAUGGAAUCAAUGCCUUACCUUACUCCAUUACAAUUGAACUUUAUCAAGAAAUAUUUGGCAAAUACUUGGGAAAUGACUGGAAAUUAUGAAAAAGUCAAAAGAAUUUGGUUAGUGACUUGGAAUCAUUAUGAAGCUAAAAAAUCUUCAAAUUCAUCAGUUUCUUCCUCAUUAAAUGAUGCCUUUUUGUCAAUUUUCUUCAAAAACAACCCUUCUUUCAGCAUUGAAUCUUUCAAUGAAUUAAAAAAUAUCAUCCAUGAGUAUUCCCUGAUCAGGGCAAUUGACGAGCCUUUCAUUAAUGUUCUGUUAUCAAAGUCAACAUCCUGGCACAACUCCGAAGUUUUCGAAUAUAUCUUGAAUGUUGCAAACUCAAAUAAUUUCUCAAAGACAAAUGUCUUUUACAGAUGCUGCUUGAAAGCUUGUGGUUCCGUAGAUGUUGAUUACCAGAGUAUCCUAACUCUCUUUAGGCAAUUACUAUCCAAUAAUGCCUCAAAUGGAAUGAAAUAUAUUGCACAUGCAGAUUGGGUUGCCUUAAGGGAUGCUACAAUUAAUUCCCCUUAUCUAAUGAGUUUCCAAAGUGUUAAUGAUAGAAUAGACUUAUACUUUAAAUUAUGGAAAAUUUGCUCUUCUUCGUUCAUUAGCUUAGAAAAUUUUAAGAGUUACAUUCUUAAAGAUAUCAAGUUAAAUUUUAAUUACUCUAAAAUCUUUGAGCAAAUGGCGAAUAUCAAGUCAGAUAUUGAAAUUCCUGAAAUUUCUUUAUUUGAGAGCAACAAAUCAAUUCAAAACUAUAUUGGUACCAGUUACGAAUAUUAA